CUCAAAGGUGACGCACUUUCAAACUGUCCCGUAAUCACAUAGCGUGACCUGAAUGCAAGUAGCGGUGAUCAUGUCGGCUAACUUUCCUGAGGUCUCAUCACCAAGCGGAAGCGAAAUGGCUCCAUCACCACAAGACAUUAUCAUCGACGACACAGCCAGUGAAUGCAGCUCCGACUUGAGCGAUGACCGAUUAGACAGCCUCUCGUCCACUUGCAGUCCAACUGGGCAUCUUUCAUCGAGUCGCUUCGGCAAGAUGAAGAGGAAAGCGGAAAAGGGACUGAAAGCAAUAUCCGAGGGCGACCAGCAAGAACUGAGACUGAAAAUCAAUAGUCGCGAAAGAAAACGAAUGCACGAUUUGAAUUCUGCGUUGGACGGUCUCCGGGAAGUCAUGCCUUACGCUCACGGACCGUCUGUGCGGAAGUUAUCGAAGAUCGCGACGCUUCUGUUGGCCAAAAACUACAUACUGAUGUUGUCAAGCAGUUUAGAAGAGAUGAAACGCCUUGUUAGUGACAUCUACCAAGGCGGAAGUACGGGAGUUGUACAUCAUCCGGGAAUCGGCGUCAGCCGGGGAAGGGUACCGGUCAUGUCUUCGGCCCUGCACAGAGACGUUAUUGCCAACGCCGUGACGGCGGCCAGUACACAGAUAAAGGAUAUAUCAUCUCCGCACGCACACGUGGAUGCCCACGCUUAUAAUCGGUGGCCCGUGCCAUGCACGUGUUCACAGUGUACAGCGGAAACCAUGCGUUCGCCGUACACAAAUAUCGCAAGGUUCAGCAAGUAAGCCAGUGUGAACCGAGGUGAACUUUUGAACAACUUUGUAAAUAUUUUUCCUACUUUUAUUUUAUCUACUUAUGCGGCUACUCGGGGUCCACAAUUGUGGCUGACGUCAGAACUGCUUCAAAAUCUCAGACUUUUUUUUCCCCGACAGUAGACCGUUUUUGAUGCAAUUAUUUUUUAUUAUUUAAAGAAAACGAAAUGUAAAUAUAUUUGAAGAUUUUCUACACAUUUUAUAUGGGUAAUUUAUUGAGUGGAGAAACAAGGGAGUGUCGUUUACUAUAGUUUGUAAAAUCUUUGCCAAACUUUUUUUUUUCAUUCAGCUAAAAAGUGAAGUUACCCUCACGUGUUUGUCAAACAUUGAUUCAGACCAAACACUGCAGGCAUAACUUCGUUUUGUUUUCGAUGAGUUUCUGCGUGUUUAUGGUAACACCAGAACUCGCAUGUCCGUUCUUUCAUGCAAAACAAAUUCUGAUUCAAAUACCUGCCAAAAUACCAAUGAGAAGGCAACCUGGCC